CGCAAUUGUAGGUAUGCAGAUACCUACCUUCUACCUACAUUACCUAGGUAUGUACAUGCCGGUACUAAUACUGAAUUCUACCUAGUACCUACUAGUGCACUGUAAAUCCCCUGACAGGACCUGACAUCCCGUCUUCCGUCCUCCGUCUUCUGGACGCAUCCUCACCGACCACGAUUGCGCGUGCAUAUAGUUUUCUCGGCCAAUGACCGCGAGCUCGAGCAGCUACUUUUGCAAACCUCACACGAUCCCAGCCGACACUCGAUCACAACGACGCCGAGCGGUUCGCCUCGACGAAAGGGGCUAAAGUCGAGCCGUGGUCAGACCGUGGUGCACAUGUGACAGCGGUUCGCCAAAUAGACAAGCCCCUCCUCAUCUGCCACACCUGCCGUCAUCCGCCUCAGACCAUCCCUACUGUGUCUACCAUUGGGCCGCCGCCGGUGUUGUGCAUACGACAUCUUUCCACCCAUCGCUCACCCCUCGUCUACCCCUCCGCCGCCAGCCAGCCAGUUCCCUACCUGUGACAUUGAAUCACCAGUGACGCCGCUGGAGCUUCCGUUUACAGACUCUCCGCCGUCCGUUGCUUUUUCUCCUCCGUCACCAUGUCGUCGAGUUCCCAGGCUGGGGAUUCCAAACUCUUUGCUCGUGGUAAGGUUGCCGAGCUACGAGCCGAGCUGAACAGCGGUAGCAAAAAAGACAAGAACUUCACACAGAAGAAGAUUGCUUUAAAGAAGAUAGUAGCCAAUAUGACCAUGAGCAAUAAUGAGAUGGUCUCGUUGUUCCCUGAUGUGAUAAGUUGUAUGCAAAUUCAGAGCCUAGAAAUCAAGAAAAUGUGCUUUCUGUUCUUAGUGAACUAUUCAAGAAUGCGAGCAGAAAUCGCGAUAAAGGCAAUUCCAGUCCUGAAACAAGAUAUGGAAGAUCCCAAUCCCCUAGUCAGAGCUCUUGCCCUUCGGACUAUGUCUUACGUCCAUGUUCGAGAGUUCGUGGAGGCGACUGUCCCCCUCGUAAAACGGCUGCUUCGAGAUGCGGACCCUUACGUUCGAAAGACAGCAGCCUACUGUGUCGCAAAGCUGUAUGACCAUGAUAAGUUGAUGGUGGAACAGUCCGACUUGAUAGAUAGACUGAACCAGCUGCUAAGAGAUGAUAACCCCACUGUCGUCGCCAGUGCAUUAGCAAGUCUAAUGGACAUUUGGGAGCGUAGCGAGACUAUCAAACUCACAUUAGAUUAUAGCAAUGCCUCCAAGAUGGUGGCAAUCCUGCCGGAUUGUUCUGAGUGGGGUCAAACAUACAUUCUUGAGGCUCUCAUGUCAUACGUGCCCCAGGAGUCGGGCGAAGCGACUCUCCUCGCGGAACGCAUAUCGCCGCGUCUCUCACAUUCCAAUUCCGCCGUGGUUCUGACAUGUAUACGGGUCAUAUUGUAUCUCAUGAACUAUAUCGCAGAUGAGAAGCAAAUAUCAGCAUUAUGCCGAAAGCUGUCUCCACCACUUGUCACAUUAUUAGCGAAGGGACCUGAAGUUCAAUAUCUUGCUUUGCGAAACGCUCUACUUAUCCUUCAGCGUCGGCCAGAUGUUCUACGCAAUGACAUUCGUGUGUUUUUCUGCAAAUACAACGACCCAAUCUACGUCAAGGUUACGAAGCUAGAGCUCAUUUUUAUGCUGGCGAACGAGAAGAACAUCGACGAAGUGCUCACGGAGUUGCGGGAAUACGCAACUGAAGUCGAUGUCCAUUUCGUCCGUAAAGCUGUACGCGCCAUCGGAAAGCUGGCCAUUAAGAUUGAGCCUGCCGCUCGACGGUGCAUCAAUCUUCUACUUGAACUUGUCUCUACCAAAGUUCCUUACAUCGUGCAAGAAGCAACCGUCGUCAUCCGCAAUAUUUUCCGGAAAUAUCCGAACCAAUAUGAGUCCAUCAUCGGGGUGCUAUGCGAACAUCUCGACUCGCUCGAUGAGCCCGAAGCCAAGGCGGCAAUGGUGUGGGUCAUCGGACAAUACGCUGACCGUAUUGAAAACAGUGAUGCCCUCCUCGAAGAUUUUCUCUAUUCAUUCGCUGAGGAGCCGGUCGAGGUACAACUAGCUCUAUUAACAGCAACCGUCAAAUUGUUUAUUCAGCGGCCUACUAAGGGCCAAGACCUUGUCCCUCGGGUGCUUAAAUGGGCCACAGAAGAAACCGAUAACCCAGACCUGCGAGACCGGGCCUAUAUGUACUGGAGACUUCUGAGCACCGACGUGAAUCUCGCAAAGAAAAUUGUCAUGGGCGAGAAGCCCCCUAUUACUGCUGAGUCCGAGAAGCUAGACCCGCAGACUCUCGAGGAGAUGUGCCUGAACGUCGGCACUCUCGCCACCAUAUACUUAAAGCCUGUGCAGACCGUUUUCCGCAGCGCACGGCCCCGCCGUCUCGCCGAUUCGCCAGCGUUACAGAAACACUCUCUGCCUACAUCUCAGAAUCUACCAGCAUUUGAUGUCAAUAAGUCCCUCUCCAUGUUCGGCAUGGGUGGCCAGGCCGCCGUCGUCCGCCCCGGCAACAACGCUGCGGCGACCAAUCGGCCCAUAGCAGGCGUCGCCCCUGGUUCCGAAAAUAUGGCCGGUGCCGUGAAUGAUGCGGACGCGUAUUUCGCCGGCGUCGGCAGCCAGCGUAUGGCUGCGAUGGGGAUCUACGACGACGGCCUUGGCGGUGGCACCGGUAACGAGGCCGGAUACGUCGUUAAUCAGUUCGCGCCUCAGCAGGUUCUACAGCCUGCACAGGGAGUUGGUAGUAAUGGAGAUCUCCUAAUGCUGUAAAUAAAUUCCUCGUCUUCUAAGCCCCCUUGCCUAAUUCUAUACAUGGGAACUUGCUAGAACCUCGCACCUAGCUGCGCAAAUAUAAGCAAAAGGGAAUGACGUUGUACUGGUGGCAGCUGUCAAUUGUAACAAGAUGGAAUGCAGAGCAGAAUGAGAGCUAUUACCAAUACAAGUAUUGAUAUGUCUCCGGCUUUCCUGUCUUCCUUCUCUUAGAAGGUAGCACACAGCAAGAAGUAUGUGGGUGAUACGCGCAGGGGGCUAUUGCUUGGAUCUGUGCUCACCAACGAGAAUCCACCAUCAAUUGUUUAUAAUUUCUCCUAGCAUCCCAAUUCACUAUGAUAUGUUGCACAAGCAACACAAAAUAAUUCCAGCUGCUACUUGAUGGAAUUAGAAAGUCAACGAAAGUCAGCAUGUUGAGUUGUACGAUUAGUCUAGCAUACAUAUUGACACAAGCAACAGAUUAUAUGUGUAA